AAUAUUAUAAAACUGAUUAAGAGAUCGAGAUUUUGAUUUUUUAUAUUUAUGAAUCCAAGUCAUCUCGGUUCUUCUUCUUCUGCUCUCCAAGAUUUUUAUUCAGUGAAUUCGAGUUUUUCUUUUCUCGUAUUUCUUUCUCGAGAAAAUUCUGCUGAUACUUUCUCGAGAAAGUUUUCGGUGGUGAAGUGGAAGAAGAGGAAGAAAACGAGGACCGGAGGAUAUGAGAGGUGCCGGUAGUAGUACUAGUGAUGGAGACUCCAGAGCUUUGAGUAACGCUUUGGAAACUAUUAACGCUGCUGCCACUGCGAUCGCUUUUGCUGAGAAUCGUGCUCCUCAAGCUUCUGUUCCCAAGAGAAGAUGGGGGAGUUUCUGGAGCCUAUAUUGGUGUUUUGGAUUUUCCAGAAACAACAGAAAGAGAAUUAGGCAUGCUGUUCUUGUUCCAGAAACUUCACAACCAGGAACCAGUGCUCCAAGAGCUGAAAAUACAUCUCAACCACCCACCAUUGUAGUUCCUUUCAAUGCUCCUCCCUCCUCGCCUGCAUCUUUUUUUCUAUCAGAACCUCCAUCUGUCACACAAUCGCCAGCUGCUUUACCAUCACUCACUUCUAUUUCUGCAAGUAUGUACUCCCCAGGGCCUGCUUCAAUUUUCGCAAUUGGUCCUUAUGCACACGAAACUCAGUUAGUUUCACCACCUGUUUUCUCAACUUUCACAACCGAACCAUCAACUGCUCCCUUUACUCCACCCCCCGAAUCUGCGCAUUUGACAACACCUUCCUCCCCCGAGGUUCCAUUUGCUCAGUUGCUUGACCCAAAAUUUCAGAAUGGUGAAGCUGGUCAGAGAUUCCCCAUAUUCCACAACGAGUUUCAAUCCUAUCAGCUUCAACCUGGGAGCCCAGUUGGUCACCUUAUAUCUCCAAGCUCAGGCAUCUCAGGUUCAGGCACAUCUUCUCCUUUCCCUGAUGGAGAUUUUGCCGCAAAUGGUCCCUACUUCCUUGAAUUCCGAACAGGUGAACCUCCAAAGCUAUUGAACCUUGAUAAGCUCUCCAACUUCGAUUGGGGCUCAAGACAAGGCUCUGGCUCAUUGACACCAGAUACCGUGAAGCCCUCUCCAUCUACUGAUGGGUUUCUCCUUAAAACUCAUACAUUUGAGGUUACACCAAAUUUGCAUUCACACUUCAGAUACCGCAAUGGUGAAACUGUAGCCGACCAUAGAGUCUCAUUUGAGCUAACUAGCGAAGAUGUUUUAAGGUGUGUUGAGAGGAAAUCUUUGGCCUUGGCUGGAGCCAUAUCCAAAUCAUCUCUAAGAGAAACAUCAAUAAUGGAAAGUGAAGAAAGCUCUAACAAAACAGCCAAUUGUUGUUACGACUACGACCGAGUUGGCGAAACAUCAAACAACAACGCCCCUGAAAAGGCUCCAGCUUGUGUGGAGGAGAAUGAGGAUGAGGUAGCGAGUCAUCAGAAUCAUAGAUCCAUAACUCUUGGUUCUGCCAAGGAAUUCAAAUUCGACAAUGCAGCAGAUGCAGUAGAGUCUCACAAGUCAGAAAUAAACUCAGAUUGGUGGGCCAAUCAGAAGGUUGUAGGGAAGGAAGGUGCACCACCAUGCCAAGAUUGGGCCUUUUUCCCUAUGAUGCAACCAAGUUUCAGUUAACCUUGCCUGCCACCUUUGUGCGAACCAGAUUGAUAUUGGUUUUACCAUAUUGGUGCAUCAUUAAGGCCACAAUAGGCUCUGACUAUAGACUUUUUUUUUUUUAGAAAUGAAUGACCCUUUAGAAAGUUGUCCAAGGCCAUUUUUUGUAAAUAUUGUUAAAAAAAAAGAGUGGGGGAGGUGGUGGUGGGGAUCUGAUCUUAUUUGGCUCUCAAAAAAGGUAUAGGAAUAGUUAUAUAACAGUAACUUCUUUUCAUAUUUUGUCAAUGUUUUCCACGUUUUUUUUUAUAUUAACGCAAAGCUCUAGUUGACUUUUU